AUGGAGGAUGUCCUCGACACCUUCCUCGUGCGCGUCGAUGGCGGAGAGCCUGCCGACCCGAGCAGGCUCAGACGCGCUAUGAAGAACAUGGGCAAGGUGUUCACCAAGGCCAAGGUUCGCCAUGAUAUUGCGGGUGCCAUCGACGAUAUCAAGAAGCAUCUCGACGAGGUAGCUGAAAGGAGUCAGAAGUACAAACUCGAUGAGAUGAUUAUGUCCAAGUCAAUUACAUCAGCGUCCACUAUUGAUCCUCGCCUUACUGCUAUGUACAAAGAGGUUUCCCAACUUAUUGGCGUUGACAGUUCAAGGGACGAGCUCAUCUCUAUGCUGAAUCUAUCCCAACCGGAUGAUGAUGCGCCUGACAAGAAAACUAUCAAGAAGGUUUCUAUUGUUGGUGUUGGGGGAUUGGGCAAAACCACUCUUGCCAAAGCGGUGUAUGACAAGCUUAAGUCGCAAUACGAUUGUGGGGCUUUUGUUUCAGUUGGUAGGGAUCAUGAUUUGGUAAAAGUUUUCAAGGACAUUCUCUUUGAUCAUGACAAAAAUAGGUCUGAGAACAUUCAUAACACUGGAAGAGGUGUUGAUCUCCUCAUUCGUGAAGUUCGAGAAUUCCUAGAGAACAAGAGGUAUUUUAUUGUUAUUGAUGAUGUAUGGGAGGUAAGCACCUGGGAAGCAAUCGAACUAUCACUUGUUGAGAAUAAUCAUGGAAGUAAAGUAAUCACAACUACUCGUAAGUUUAAUGUUGCUGAAGAAGCUGGUGAGGUUUACAAGCUAAAGCCACUUUCCUUUGAUGACUCCACGAAGUUGUUCUAUACAAGGAUAUUUGGUGCAGACAGAAAGUACCUUGAUAACCAACCAAAUGAUGUUUCCGAUAAAAUUAUAAAGAAAUGUGCUGGUAUACCAUUAGCAAUCAUCACAAUGACUAGUUUGUUGGCUGGUAAACUAGAGUACGAAUGGUCAAUGGUCUACAACUCUAUUGGUUUUCAUACUACAGAUAACAGGGAAGCUGAAGAUACUAUGACAAUACUUUCAUUUAGCUACUAUGAUCUGCCUCCACAUUUGAGGACAUGCUUACUAUAUCUAAGUACAUAUCCAGAAGAUUAUUUGAUCCGAAAGGAUUCUUUGAUAUGGAAGUGGAUAGCUGAAGGAUUUAUUGAUGGGAAACAGGGAACAAGAUUAUUUGAGCUUGGAGAAAGAUACUUCAAUGAUCUCAUUAAUAGAAGCUUGAUCCAGCCAGUGGAGAAUGAGCGGAAUGGCAGAGUAGAAAGCUGUCAUGUUCAUGAUAUGGUUCUUGAUCUGAUGCGUAAGCUUUCAUAUGAAGAAAACUUUAUUACUAUAUUAGGUGACAAUGUUGAAGGAGCACCUGCACCAAGCAAUGUCCGUCGGUUAGCCAACCAAAACAGAAUAGCCGAGCACAUUAAUUCUGAAACAAUGGUUACGGGGAUGCCAAAAGUGAGGUCAUAUAGUGCAUUCAAGUGUUUUAUUGAUAGCCGGGACCAGUUUUUGAGAUUUAAACUUUUGCGCGUGCUAUACGUAGUACACUGCAGCUUUGAGAAAGGUUGCCACCUUGAGCAUCUUGGUGAUUUACUUCACUUGAGGUACCUUAGGAUAAAAUUCAACGAUAGUUCCCCUGAGCUCCCCAUACAACUAGGGAAUCUAAAGUUACUGCAAACACUCGAUGUGGAGGGAACAUUGCCAGCAAGCAUUGUGCACCUAAUAGAGUUGCUCCGGCUAUGUACUCACAAAAAGGUACCGGAUGGCACUAGGAAGCUGGUUUCCCUGGAGGAGCUAAGAAUACAAUAUGGUUGCAGUGAUAAGCCCAAGAGAUUUUUCAAAGAGCUUGCCAGCCUGCGAGAACUGAGGGUGCUUGAAUUUGCCACUGAUCAUGGGGCGGACGAGAGCAUGCAAUUUUCCAAAUUGCGGUCAUGCAUUAAUCCCACACAUCUUCCCAACCUGGCCCACUUGGCACUGUUUGUGAUUACUAUGGAUGAGCAGGAUCUGAAACUCCUUGCUAGGUUACCGGCACUCAGCCAUCUCAACCUGACAACAGAGUCCACGGUAACAGCAAGCAAUAUUAACUCCCAUGAUCGCAGCUUCUUCCAGAAGUUGAGGCACUUUGCAACCAAUGCAAUGGUCCAGUUUGAGCAGCCUGAUGAGGAGGACACUAGAGUUUCAUUGCAUAUGUGGAAUGGAGAGGAUGCUAUGCCCUUUGCCUCUAGAAAAAGCAACAAAUCCAGAAAUGUUGUACCCUCUGGCGUGAUGCCAAAUCUUGAAGUGCUUGAACUUGAUGUCCCUUUGCGUGCCCUAAAAGAUAACUAUAGUGACUACUGUGGGAAUAUUGGCUUGGAGUACCUUCCUUCCAUUUGGGAACUCAGAGGUUGGAUCGUCUGUGAAGACGUGCCUGUUGCAGAGAGCGAUGCUGCGUUCGCUGCACUGAGAGAAGCAUGCAACGUCCAUCCCAACCAUCCCACGUUUUGUAUGGAUUAG